AUGAAGUUUUUCAUCGUCCUCCUUGUUGCGGGCAUCGCAGCUGCAUUGCCAGCACCUCAAGAAAACAAUGCAGCUAAUAGUACAAGCAACGGAAAAUGCGAUGCAAAGAGGACAGCGCAAUUAGUGGGGGGAAUUCAAGCCCAUCUUAAUGUCCAGGACAUGGAACUCAAGGGAAUCCAAACCCUCCAAAAACUCUCCACCUUCGCCGCCAACGGCACUUCGCGUGCGCCUCCUGGCAACACAACCUCGAACUUCGGCCUUGAGCAACAAGCCGUCGUAGCGAUCCAGCAAAACGGAAUCACUCUGCGCGAAGGGAACCAGAAACUGGCAGCUGAGCUCAACAGCCCGGCUCGCGCGGGCUUGGACCAAUUAGCUGCGUCGCAGACCCAGGAAAUGGACAUGGUGAAGGCGCUGAAAGGAACGGGAGAGGGGGAGAUGAGGACUUUGGAAGGCUUGGCAAAGAUGGUUAUGGAUAGUACGAAGUUGAAUGAAAUGAAUUUAGUGAUGGCAGAGAGUGCGUGUAAAUAG